AUGGAAGCGACGGCGCUCGUCCUCUUCGCCCUCCUCGUGCUCGCCGGGCAGCGGGCCUGCGCGGCGUCCGACGCCGGCGGUGGCGGGUUCAGGGUCGAGUUUAUACACCGCGACUCGGCGAGGUCUCCGUUCCACGACCCGGCGCUGUCCCCGCACGACCGGUUGCUCGCGGCCGCGCGCCGCUCGCUACGGGGCGAGGUGCUAGGGCGCUCGGUUCUCGCCGCGGCGCCCGCGCCCGCGGCCGACAGCGGCGUCGAGUCCAAGAUCAUCUCCCGGUCGUUCGAGUACCUGAUGGCCGUGAACGUCGGCACGCCGCCGACGCAGAUGCUCGCGAUCGCGGACACCGGGAGCGACCUCGUGUGGGUCAACUGCAGGAACGGCAGCGGCGCGGCCGCCGCCGCCGGCGGCGUGUUCGCGCCGUCGCGCUCGUCGACGUACGAGGUCGUGAGCUGCCGGUCCGACGCGUGCCAGGGGCUGAACCAGGCCUCCUGCGACUCCGCGUCCAACUGCCAGUACCAGUACGGGUACGGUGACGGGUCCCGCACGGUCGGGGUCCUGUCGACCGAGACGUUCACCUUCGUCGACGGCGGCGCACGGCAGGUGCAGGUGCCACACGUCGACUUCGGCUGCUCGACGUACAUGGCCGGCACGUUCCGCGCGGACGGGCUCGUCGGCCUCGGCGCCGGGGCCUUCUCCCUCGUGUCGCAGCUCGGGUCCGCGACGUCGUUCGGGCGCAGGUUCUCCUACUGCCUGAUCCCGUCCUCCGCCGGCGCCAACUCGUCGUCCACGCUCAACUUCGGGUCCAGGGCCGUCGUGUCGGAGCCCGGCGCGGCGAAGACGCCGCUGGUGCCCGGGGAAGUGGACACGUACUACACCGUUGCCCUCGAGUCCGUCGCCGUCGGUGGGCGGGCGGUCGCGUCCAACGAGUCCGCCAUCAUCGUGGACUCCGGCACGACGCUCACGUUUCUCGACCCGGCGCUGCUGCAGCCGCUGGUGGCGGAGCUAGGGCGGCGGAUCAACCUGACCCGGGCGCAGCCGCCGGAGCAGCUGCUGGAGGUGUGCUACGACGUGAGCGGGAGGGCCCAGGAGGAUUGGGGGAUCCCGGACGUGACGCUGCGGUUCGGCGGCGGCGGCGACGUGACGCUCCGGCCGGAGAACACGUUCGUGAUGGUGCAGGAGGGGACGCUGUGCCUGGCGCUGGUGCCCGUGUCGGAGGCGACGCCGGUGUCGAUCCUGGGGAACAUCGCACAGCAGAACCUGCACGUCGGGUACGACCUCGACGCGCGGACGGUCACCUUCGCCGCCGCCGAUUGCACCCGUUCGUCGUCGGCCUCUAGCUCUAGCUGAUGCAACCGGCAUGGGCGCCCCUACUGUGUAGCUAGCCACACAAUUGACAAUAAAUCCUUU